CUCGCCUUACAAAACGUAACAUAUGCCUUUCUUCUUGUGUCCUUCAUAACUCAAAUGGCCUUGUUUUCUAUGUUUAUGAUCUUCACUUGGUUGAUUUUUCUCUAUAACACCAAAACUGUAGAGUCUGUUUCAUUCAACUUGGAUAAUUUCAUGCCAAAUCUAUACCUAAUUAAAUUCGAGGGCGAUGCAUUUGUGUCGGAAAAAGUUUUACAGCUGACAAAGAACAGAAUCGACGGCCCUAUUACAAAAAGCGUGGGCCGCGCCUCGUUUGAUCAACCGGUGAAGCUUUGGGAUAAAGGAACAAGACAGCUCACUGAUUUCACCACACAUUUCUCUUUUAUUAUGAAAGCUAUCAAUCCCAACAUGUUCGGUGAUGGAUUAUCAUUCUACAUUGCACCUUUUGAAUCAACCAUCCCAAACAAUUCAGUUGGAGGGUUCCUUGGGCUCUUCAGCGGGGAAUCUGCAUUCAACACCACUGCCAAUCAAAUAGUCGCUGUCGAGUUUGACAGCUUUGAGAAUCCAUGGGAUCCAAACCCUAAUCAUGUUGGGAUCAAUGUUAAUUCUAUAAUAUCUGUUGCAAACGUGAGUUGGAAUAGGAACAUGAAGAAUGGAUCCGUUGCUAAUGCUUGGGUUUCAUACAACUCCACCACCAAGAAUCUCUCCGUGUUCCUUACUUAUGCAGAUAAUCCAACAUUCAACGGCAGUUUUAGUCUCUCACAUGUCAUUGAUCUCAGGGAAUUCUUGCCGGAAUUUGUUAGGAUUGGAUUCUCCGCCGCCACCGGUGAUUGGAUCGAAAUACACAACGUUCUGUCUUGGUCAUUCAAUUCAACCUUGGACUCGAGCACGGGGAAAAGCAAGGUUGGUUUGGCCAGUGGUUUGAGUGUUGGAUUCGGUACUCUAGCAUGUUUAAUAGGUGUUAUUUGUUUUGUAUUUUGGAGGAAGAAAAGAAACCGAGCCAAGAAAGACGACGACGAUACGGGGUUCGAUGCUUCUAUAGAAGAUGAAUUCGAAAGAGGAACGGGUCCGAAGCGGUUCACUCAGAAGGAGCUAAGCCAAGCGACGAACGGGUUCGCGGAAGAAGGAAAGCUGGGAGAAGGAGGAUUUGGAGGUGUGUACAAAGGAGCAGUAGGGAAUCCAAGAAUGGAAGUUGCGGUGAAGAGAGUAUCGAAAGGAUCAAAACAGGGGAAAAAGGAGUACAUAUCAGAAGUAAGAGUAAUAAGCAGGCUGAGGCACAGGAAUUUGGUUCAACUCAUAGGCUGGUGCCAUGAGAAAGGUGAGUUUCUUCUUGUUUAUGAGUACAUGCCUAAUGGUAGCCUUGACUCUCAUUUGUUUGGAAAAGGAGUCAUGCUUUCUUGGGCUGUAAGGUACAAGAUUGCAUUGGGUUUGGCAUCUGCACUUGUUUAUCUUCAUGAAGAAUGGGAACAAUGUGUGGUGCAUAGGGAUAUUAAGUCAAGUAAUGUCAUGUUAGAUGCCAAUUUCAAUGCCAAACUCGGCGAUUUCGGUCUAGCAAGGUUGGUGGACCAUGAACUGGGGACUCAAACCACGGUUUUGGCCGGCACCAUGGGAUACCUAGCCCCGGAGUGUGUCACCACUGGGAAAUCAAGUAAGGAAUCUGAUGUGUAUAGCUUUGGCGCCGUGGCGCUCGAGAUAGCGUGCGGGCGAAGGCCGGUUCAAGUUAAAGAAGAGCCCGGCAAAGUGAGGCUGAUAGAAUGGGUGUGGAACUUGUAUGGACAGGGGAAGCUUCUAGAAGCCGCUGAUUGGAGGUUAGAUUUGGAAUUUGAUGUGAAGCAAAUGGAGUGCUUGAUGACCGUUGGAUUGUGGUGUUGUCACCCUGAUUAUACUAUGAGGCCUUCUAUAAAGCAAGUCAUAAAUGUGCUUAAUUUUGAAGCUCCUUUGCCAACACUUCCAUCACAGUUACCUGUGCCUAUGUACUUCGCACCUCCCAUGGACAUGUGCAAAUUCACCUACACUUCUUCUGGAACCACAGCCACAUCUAAAGACUCCUCAAACUACUCAUCCAUGUCAGCAGGGUCCAGAAAAUCUCUAUUAUAGCUUGCAAAUAUGUAUCGUGUAUUUUUGUAUCAUGGCGAACGAAACAAGUUCGUUGUUUUUGUGUAAGUGAUGAUUGUCAACACUCAGCAGAUGUAGUUCUUCAUAUUUUGUAUAUGGUUUUUUGUUUUGCUUUGGGGUUCUGAAUUUGGCCUGAUUGCCUCAAUAAUUAAGAUAUCCAUACCACUUGUGCUAAUUAAACGCAAUCUUAUAUAUUAUUAAUA